AUGCUAGCCUGUAUCCAGAGAUGGCAGAACUUCUCGUCGCAGCAUUUGGGCUUCACCCCCAAAACACUCGACGUUUCGCCACCAUCGUUACUGCUGCCAGUACCCCCACAGCAGACAUGCAGCCAGAAAGGGGAAUCGAGCUCCAUGAUCUCUCGGUAUCCAUCUCCUGCAGAGUUGGAUGCUUUCGCCCAGAAGACCGCCAACAGCCCGUUGUCCAUCAAAAUCUUUCCGUCUGACGUACGGGUGCCACAACACAAGCAGCUUAACAGAACUGUGAACGGCUUGGACACCACGGGCCAACGCUACAGCCCCUACUCACACCCGCACUCUGGAGGCUACCAGGGCUUACUGGCCAUCGUCAAAGCCUCUGUGGUGGUCAAAGGUGUGGUAAAAACCUCUGAGGGCAGGAAGACUAAACAUGCAAACCCCCAGACCUCUGUGGCACCGUAUAAUAAUCCUCUGAACAAUAGCUACAAGGUCCGACACGGGCAUGAGGCCUAUCGCAUAAGCUCCUGUGAGCCCCCGGAUGUAGCCGUUAAAACGCUUUGUUCUACUGCAGGAAUGGCCUCCGGAGAUCAGAGCCUGGCUCCCCAGAACGAGCUGGCAGAGGUUCAAAGCCUGAUGAGGCAGAUGAGCAGAGUUCCCUACGAUCAGGCCCUGCAGCCGGGGGGAGCGGCUCGAGCCAGCCCCUCGCUGCAGGCCGUGGCUGCAGUGGCGCAUACAGGCUCCGACUUUGCCUUUGGAGUGCCGCCCCAGAGCAGUUUGGCAUUUGCGGGGGCAGUGCUACCGACGCAGGGCGCAGACACAGCCAAAACGGGCUACUUGGAGAGAGGAGACUACACGGUGUGGCGGCACAAAGCUCAAACGCAGCAGCAGCCGUAUCAGCAGGAAGCAGUGAGGGUGUACGGUGUGGGGGGCUGCGGGGCAGCUGAGGCUGGUGUGGGCCAGUCUCCUGAAACUGGCCUCCCACUGCCGUGCUCGUCACAGCUGUCGUACAGGCAGCACUCUGGAAACAUGGGAGCUGGACCGGACCGAGGCGGUGUUCCAGGGGAGCGGCCGGUCGGACAGUUUUUCGCUCCACUCUGGGACGACCCCAGCAGCGACUGUUACGCCUCUCAAGUGUUAGGCCCGUGCACGACCAGGCCUGGAGACGUGAGGCACUCCCACCUGCACCUCCAGCCACAGCUCCACCCUCCUCUUCCAUUUCAUCCUCCCCAUCCUCACCCUCACCUCCAGACCUACGCCACGGACCAAAACCAGUGCUGCGGGCUGCCUAGUGUCAGCCUGUGCCACGCUGCAGUGCUCAGCAGCAGCCUGCAGUCUCUGGAGUGCCUCAUCAGUGAGAUCCACCCGCCCUGCAUCAAAGAGCGCAUGCUGGGCCGCGGGUACGACGCCGUGGGGAUGCCUCAGCUGCUGGAGCACCAACAGCACAUCCAGCUCCCCGUCUACAGAUAGGUGCUGCCACGCUGAGAGACACGCAAGACGUUUUUUUGUUUAAAGUUUAAACAUGCCUCUUUGAUUUGUGCAUGUAUUUGUAGAUUUUGUGUUUUAUGCCUGGAAAAAAGAAGGAAAGUGAUAAUCAGGAUUUGAGAUGCAAGCGUGCGCUACGGACUCUUUUUACUUUUGCAUCUUUACUGACUGCUGUGAUUGAUUUAACACUGGAUCACACUCGCGGUUUAUACUGAUUUUUGUAGGCCUUUCCAAAAAUGGAAACAAGUGGAGCUGAAAUGAGAAGGGGGAGCCAAUCAACAACGACACAACUGGAUCCAGAAAGAAUAUCAAUGACGAAAUGAUUCACUUUGAUGAACGCUCACAACCACUGUUUGAAGAUGUAAUCAUUUUUCUGUCAUUCAGUUAAAUGUUAUCAUUUAAUGUCCUAAUUUUAGUUUAUUCUUUUGGUG